UUUGCCAAUUAACCCCAAAGCCUGCCUUAUUGUAACCAUACAUUAUAAAAAUUGCAUUUUAUAGCAAUAGUAAUGAUAUGAGGCCGGUUUUUAAUCUUAAGCCGUACAUCUUCUAGAUUUAGAAAUUGUCAAGAAGCAGGCUGCAAAUUAGGUCGUAUUGGUAAACCCGAGAAAUUCCGACCGUAUUAAGCCUUAAAAAACGUAAUGAGGCUCUUAUACAUCUCCUCGGGGAUUUUCAUAUCCCCAGAGAUCACUCCUUACUUUCCCUAAUCAAACUAAUAAUUGUACAAACUACCCCCUGUCCAAGGGCAUUCCUACGAUAAACACCAUGCAACUCCCUACUGUCCUCUCUUGUACUACCAACAGUAUGGCCGAGUAUGAUGAAAUCUAUAUAGAGUCCUGGAAUGAGACAGUGAAGGAGUGCGAAAAGAAAUUAGAGCGACGUGACUGGGAGCGUGCUUUGGAGGUCAAUUCGCUUGAAGACUUUCGACAUGAAUUGCGAAGGCUGCGAAGCGAAUAUCCCGACGAACCUUCAAGGAUUGCGAUUACUCUACUCUAUCCUACCUUGGAUCAUUACGAAACUUUUGCCCGAAUUUUCGUGGACAUGAUGUACCAUCCUAUCGACACAUCCAUGAUGUGGGGAUUGUUGUCCUUAGUCUUCAAGCAGCUUGCUCUAGAGAGCACAGGAGAAAUCAAUCCACUCGACAAUAUUACGAGAUGGUUGGAAAAUAUUGGUCGCAAACUGCAGGAUUCUAACGACUGUUACCAGAGAAUUACAGAUUCUGAAAGGGUCAAGAAUGAUAUGAUAGAGCUAAAUAGGGAGAUUGUCAUCCUGUGGAUCAACAUCAUCAUGACAUUCCGCAAUAAGGGUCAGGGGCACGAAAGUUUUCUCAACAAAAGCGCAAUUGAUGAUCUGACGGACAUUUACAAUGCGGCCUACCAGAACAUCACCGAAGCCGUAAGGCGUAUUAAAAGAGUAGCGAAGCUAGCAGAGAGACAGGCGUAUCAAAUGAUCCUACAGAGCAUACUUCCGUUGAAGAAUCAACAAAAGGAAGGUGGAUCAAUACCGUGCAAUACUCUCCCUAUAGCAGAAAACCGCCUGUUCUAUGGUCGUCAGGAUAUCCUAUACCAGAUAGAAGAUUAUCUAAAGCCAGCAGACACAAGUACUCGCCUUUCUUCUAUGGCAUUGUAUGGUCUUGGUGGCAUCGGAAAAACACAAAUUGCACUUGCUUAUGCGUAUCAAAGACUGGGUGAUCUCGAUGCAGUAUUCUGGAUACCUGCCGAAAACACAUAUACCAUCCAACAAAGCUUCAGUCAGAUUGCUAUCAGCGCUCUUAAACUUCCGAGGGCCGUUCCACAAGCAAACCAGCAAAAUAUGAUCCUGGUACUAGACUGGUUGCAAAACACAUCUGCUAAAUGGCUUCUCAUAUUCGAUAAUGUCGACGACCAUAGCGUCCUUGAAAGUUGCUGGCCUGCUUCAAAACAUGGUGCCGUUCUGGUGACUACCAGAGAUGUUCUUGUUGCUUCUCUUCCUAUUGACACUGGACUUGAGGUGAAUGAAUUCAAUAAUGAAGAAGGGGCUAAGUUUUUACUCCACGUGGCACUCAGCAGACAAUGCGUCGAUGGGGAGCUAGAAGCAGCACGACGUGUCACUGAGCUAUUAGGUGGCUUACCACUUGCUCUCAACCAAAUGGCUGCUUUUAUCAACGCAAGGGGCUUGUCAAUCUCUGAUUUCUAUGCAACGUACAUCAAGUAUGACUAUCAGUUGCAUACACAGAAGAAGAACGGCUGCAAAUAUUUGGGUUAUCCACACGCCUUAGAUACUGUAUGGGAAAUUUCCUUCGCAAUUCUAGGAAAUCAAGCUCGAGCUUGUCUUGGCGUUUUGAGUUUCCUCGCUGCCGACGAUGUUCCUGCAGACAUUUUCACAGCUGCACAACCUGACAAAUUGCCGGGAAUAUUGUCUUUCUGUACUGAUGAUUUAUGCCUAGGCGACGCCAUAGAAGAGCUAACUCGCCAUUCUCUAGUUAGAAGGAAUAUCCAGCAAAGAAGCUACCGUAUCCAUCGACUAGUACAAGCAGGAUACCGGGCCAAGUUAGAUAACCCCCAACAAGAAUUUGAGGCGGCCGUAGAGUUAUUGCUUGAGAAGAUCCCGUCUCAACGCUCGAGCAAAUUUGACAACGACGAAUGGAUCUUGUAUGAGAAGUAUAUUCCCCAAGUUCUUUCACUUGUAAAGAACUACAAUGACUCUCAAACUAAACCAAAGCCUCUAAAACCAAACGAGAAUUUUGUGAGACUUCUUACUAACUCCUCUUAUGCGAUACACGACAAUGAUACAGUUAACAUCGUUCCGGAGUUACUUGAUACUGCUGAUUCGGCAUUUCACAAAUGCACAGAGGUAAACCAGGAUAGGCUACUUUGGGCACUGCUACAAUAUCUGAAAUGCAUACAUCACUUUUGUACUUCUGAAUUUAUCAAAUCGGAAUUGGAAAUGGCUGAAAGUCUUCGUAUUCGUUUGGAGUUACUUCCCCCGAAUGACCUGCUCGUAGCUGUUGCAUAUAGCGGCCUUGGAAUGGCCACUGGUGCUCAAGGGCGUUAUGAAGAAGGUCUAGAGUGGCUACUAAAAGCCGGAAAGAUUUACGAAGGCCCAAACGAGGAGAAUCCCUCGAGGAAACUGGUAUGGUGUUAUAAUAUUUCGCGUAACUACUAUUGUAUGGGCAGAUACGAAGAAGCCGGUAAUAUUCUACGCCAUGCAUUGGAAGUUGCAAAUCGACUACAGAGUUGGUAUAUGCAAGUUUAUGCCCAUCUUACUUUUACUUCGCUUCGAAUCAGAAUGAAUAGCCUCGAUGAAGCAAAGAAACAUGCUGAGACAGCUAAGCACUUGCUAGAAAUAUCCGGGACUGCUGCCCGCUUCAGUUGGCUUAGCUCCUAUUGUGCAUAUCGUGUAGGCCAAGUGGCAAUGAAGCAAGGUCGUCUCGAUGAUGCCAUAGAGGAAACAGCAAAGGCGACAGCUAUCGGGAAACUCGUAAAUGUACCAACGGGUAUUCUCGCUCGAUGUGUGCACGCCUACUCAAAAGCAUUGGGAAUGGACCCCUCAAGACAAGAGGAAUCAGAAAUACAACGAAUGGAAGCUAGGCGACUGCGAGCAUCUUUACCAGAUGGUGGAGGUGACCUAGAUGACGAGACUGAUGAGGCAUUUGAGAAACUCGUUAAGAUGGAUCAUCGAUAGCGGGCCCCUGACGGCAGAAACAAGACCGGGGAGACCCGUUAGUUACACGUACUUGAAAUUACAGUAUAUUGUCACACUCUUUUGCCUCCUUUUCCAAAUAUGGUAUUGGGCCGAUGGAAACUGGAGGCAAUUUCUUAUGCUAUUCGCAAAAUACAUUGUAUUAUGUAUCCUAACUAUCCUUAAAUGA